CCGAGCAGGUGGAGCCGCUGCAGGAGCCCGCCCGGCCGAGCAAAGCUGGGUGGAGGGCUCGGCGGGGGGCCAUGGAGCUGCUGAAGCUGAACCGGAGCGCUCAGGGAUCCGGACCCGGACCGGUGGCUUCCCUGUGCCGCCCGGGUGGACCCCUUCUCAACAGCAGCGGUGCAGGCAACCUCAGCUGCGAGCCCCCGCGCAUCCGCGGAGCCGGGACACGAGAAUUGGAGCUGGCCAUUAGAAUCACGCUUUACGCAGUCAUCUUUCUGAUGAGCGUUGGAGGAAACGUCCUCAUCAUUGUGGUCUUGGGACUGAGCCGCCGCCUGAGGACUGUGACCAACGCCUUCUUGCUCUCGCUGGCAGUCAGCGACCUCCUGCUGGCUGUGGCCUGCAUGCCCUUCACGCUCCUGCCCAAUCUGAUGGGCACAUUCAUCUUUGGCACAGUCAUCUGCAAGGCCGUUUCCUACCUCAUGGGGGUAUCUGUGAGUGUGUCCACGCUAAGCCUCGUAGCCAUCGCCCUGGAGCGGUACAGCGCCAUCUGCCGACCACUGCAGGCGCGGGUGUGGCAGACACGCUCCCACGCGGCUCGUGUGAUCUUAGCCACGUGGCUGUUGUCCGGACUGCUCAUGGUGCCCUAUCCUGUGUACACCGCCGUGCAGCCAGUGGGGCCCCGUGUAUUGCAGUGCGUGCACCGCUGGCCCAGUGCACGGGUCCGCCAGACCUGGUCGGUACUGCUGCUCCUGCUCCUGUUCUUCGUCCCUGGGGUGGUCAUGGCGGUGGCCUACGGGCUCAUCUCACGUGAGCUCUACCUAGGGCUUAGGUUUGACACCGACAACGACGAGAGCCAAAGCCGGGUCCGAAGCCAAGGAGGGUUGCCUGGUGGGGCUGCCCCAGGUCCUGUCCACCAGAAUGGGCGUUGCCGUCCGGAAACGAGCCUGGCUGGCGAGGAUGGUGAUGGUUGCUAUGUGCAGCUUCCACGGGCCCGGCCUGCCCUGGAGCUGUCGGCGCUGACCGCGCCCACUCCUGGACCAGGACCCGGGCCCCGACCAGCCCAGGCCAAGCUGCUGGCCAAGAAGCGCGUGGUGCGCAUGUUGCUAGUGAUCGUUGUGCUUUUUUUCAUGUGUUGGCUGCCAGUAUACAGCGCCAACACGUGGCGUGCCUUUGACGGCCCAGGUGCGCACCGUGCCCUCUCGGGGGCUCCCAUCUCCUUCAUCCACUUGCUGAGCUACGUCUCGGCCUGCGUCAAUCCCCUGGUCUACUGUUUCAUGCAUCGCCGCUUUCGCCAGGCCUGUUUGGACACGUGUGCCCGCUGUUGCUCCCGGCCGCCACGAGCUCGCCCCAGGCCUCUUCCAGACGAAGACCCUCCCACCCCCUCCAUUGCUUCGCUGUCUAGGCUGAGCUACACCACCAUCAGCACGCUGGGGCCCGGCUGAGAAGUCGGGGUGGGUGGAGGUGUGGGAGCUGAGGCAGGACGGACCAUCCCUGCGAGCACUGACCCAUCCAAACCGCAAUUGAGACUAAAGACUGCGGGGACCAACCCCAAUGCCCCAGACAAGUAAGGUAGCUUACCUGAUGCAAAAGGAGCAGGAACCAAGCCUUCGACGGGAAACAUGCUGGAUCUGAGACUGAACCUGGCCCAUAGAAACUUGGCACUGACCUUGGACAGACUAUCCUUCCUGGGUAGUAACUCCAACAGGGCUGACCUGCCCCUCCUAUGAGUUCAUCCAUGGCAUCGACUCUUUUAGGAGCUGUGGAGCCCAGCACAAGGCCAAGGCCUGGAAUGCUCCAGGCCAGCCCCAGUUUGACCUUACAAUACUCUUUUUCACCCGGCCUAGUCUCACACCUCCCUGUUUAUUCUUGAACAGUCCCUUCUGCUCUUCCCAGUCAAGGACUGUGACCUGCCUCUCCUCCUUUACCUGGUCUCUUUGAGAAAUAAUA